CUCAACUAUUAGAUAAUUUGUUGAUCGACUUGAUAAAAAUUUCUUGUGGAAUUUCCAUAUAUCCAGAAUUCGAUUGGAUUUGUGUUGGAACUCUUGGCAAUGAGAAUGGUCCAUUUGAAAAUCGGUUGAUGUUAUUUACUAUUGGUUUUAUGAUAACAAUAUUAAUCGUUACACCAAUGGUAUGGAUGGAAUUAUCAAGUAAUGCUAAAAUUCAGAUCGUUGUGAUCACGUGGAUCGUGACAAUCGUAUUGCACGGCUUGAAUCCAGAUCGAAUCCCCAUAGUUGGACAAGGCCAAGAUAUGCUUAUAAAAACUGUGCUGUAUAAUUACGCUUUUAUCACUACUUUACCGAGUUUGGUCAACGAAAUGAAGAGGGAUAUUUCAAUUCGAAAAGUUGUAUGGACUUCAGUCUUUAUUACAACGCUUUGCUAUAUCUCUUUAGGGAUUAUUGGUGCCAUGUCCCUUCGAAUGGAAUUAACAACAAAUCUAAUAACAUCAAUCCGAAAAUCGGAAUUGCAUAAUCCCUUUGUUGAUAUCAUUAGCUAUUUAUUUCCAUUCGCAUUGCUUGCUGGCAUACCGGUAUAUGCCAUAGUUAUACGUUAUAAUUUGACUCGAUCUGGAAUUUGUAAAGAAAUAUUACCAUGGAUUUUAGCUAUACCUUUUCAAACUGGUUAUCUGUUAAAUUUAUUUACAAAUUGGACAAUAUUGGUUUUUAUUUGUUUCGCAAAUUUUAUAAUUCCAUUUUGGUUGUAUAUCUUGAGUAGAAAAAAUGCAAAAUUGAUACCGUUGGUAAAAAUCACUCAACCAAAAGAAGAUAAUGCAAAAGAAAAAUCACAGAUAGCCAAAGCAUUAGACACACAUUUCAAUAUCGAUAAAACACAAGAUCCAAAAAUAUACCGAAUGUCAGCGGAUGCAGUACCAUUAAGCGACUUCCCGGAGGAUUUUAAUCCUGAAUUUAUAAAUACUGCCAGAUUAACAAUACCUCCCAUUAAAACAAUGGAUCCCGAUUUAUAUUCUAUAUCAUUACCCUCACAACCUUCAACUCCACAACAACCUUCAACUCCAGGAUCUGUUAGUCCAAAUGAUGACUUUUACGGUAUAUUUCCUGUUAAACAUUUCAAAGCAUUUUUCCCCAACCUUGAAGUAGUGAAAAGUAUAAAUGAAGAAGGAACUAUGGCUGAAAAAGAUUUGUAUAGCAUUUGGAUUGCCUGGACUGCUGGAAUC